AUGCCCGAUAACGUCGAAAAUUUGCCAGAGCGGAUUGCGGACGGUCGAAUCGACUCAACCGACACAGCAGCCAGAUAUUUAGGCCUAGUUGCUCGUAUUCGACCUUUACUGAUCCCCGCCUCGAGGUAUCUGGCCUACACAUCCGAUGUUGGCGAAGCUUUCCGGCCGGUCGUGAAUCCCAAAGUGGUCACAGGGGCGUACGGGAUUUCGAUUGCCUAUGUGGUGGGUGAUGUGGCGUACGAAGGAUGGAAGGGACAUCUCCAAGCUCAGGGCGACCCGAAUGACAAUCUGGUGAUCGGUCUGAAGGUUGCGCGACGCGCUGCGUUCCAGGGAACUGCAAGCAUGCUGUUUCCGGCUUUGGUCCGUAAAUUUUGCUUUCUGUAA